CACCUACACAGCACUCCCCCCGUAGCCAUAUAUAGCUUGCUCGCAUAAACGUCAAAAAGGAGACUCUUUUGGCCCUCUUCCGGCACCGGCACCGGCACCGGCACCAGCGCCAAUCUAGCUAGUCAGUUUAGCUUCGCUCCUUCGCUUGCUUGCAAGUAACAGCCUCUCUCGUGUCCAAAAAGAAAGUCUUUCUCUGGAAAGGAGAGAAGGAUCAUCAUCACCAGGAUCAAGAAAGAACUCGUCGAUUCCUUACCCCUUCCGUCUUCUUCUGAUCUCAGCUCUAUCCACUAGCUAGGAGAUGGACAUGAACAACGGGUGGCUUGGCUUCUCCUUGUCUCCUUCGGCAGCGAGCAGGGGCGGCUACGGCUACGGCGACGGAGGCGGCGGAGCGAGCGCGAGCGCGUGCGGGGAUGGAGAGGGCUCUUGCCCCUCGCCUGCCGCGGCUGCCUCGCCUCUCCCUCUCGUGGCCAUGCCGCUCGAUGACUCUCUGCACUAUAGCUCUGCUCCAGAUUGGAGGCACGGCGCAGCAGAAGCCAAAGGGCCCAAGCUCGAGGACUUCAUGAGCAUCACUUGCAGCAACAAGAGCAGUGGCCGCAGCCUCUACGACAGCUGCGGCCACCACGACGACGAGCAGGCCAGCAAGUACCACGAGGUCCACGGCAUCCACCCCCUCUCGUGCGGGUCGUACUACCACGGCUGCAUCAGCAGCGGCGGCGGCGGCGGAGGCGGCAUUGGCCUGGGGAUCAACAUGAACGCGCCGCCCUGCACCGGCGGGUUCCCGGACCACCAGCACCACCAGUUCGUGCCGUCGUCGCACCACGGCCAGUACUUCCUGGGCGCCCCAGCCGCAAGCGCGGGCCCGCCAGCAGGCGCAGCAAUGCCGAUGUACAACGCCGGCGGCGGCAGCGUUGUCGGCGGCUCCAUGUCCAUCUCCGGCAUCAAGUCCUGGCUCCGGGAGGCCAUGUACGUGCCUCCGGAGCGACCGGCGGCGGCUGCGCUGUCGCUCGCCGUGACGGAUGACGUCCCGCCGGCCGAGCCGCCGCAGCUGCUGCCGGCGCCGUUGCCGGUGCACCGCAAGCCCGCGCAGACGUUCGGGCAGCGGACGUCGCAGUUCCGUGGCGUCACCAGGCACAGAUGGACCGGGCGGUACGAGGCUCACCUGUGGGACAACACUUGCAGGAAGGAAGGCCAGACUAGGAAAGGGAGGCAAGUCUACCUAGGCGGCUAUGACAGGGAGGAGAAGGCUGCGAGGGCUUAUGACCUGGCAGCUCUCAAGUACUGGGGCCCCUCGACUCACAUAAAUUUCCCGCUGAGCCACUACGAGAAGGAGCUGGAGGAGAUGAAGCACAUGUCGAGGCAGGAGUUCAUUGCACACCUGAGAAGGAACAGCAGCGGCUUCUCGAGGGGAGCAUCCAUGUACAGAGGAGUGACAAGGCAUCACCAGCACGGGAGAUGGCAGGCCAGGAUUGGGAGGGUCGCUGGCAAUAAGGACCUGUACCUUGGCACAUUCAGCACGCAGGAGGAAGCGGCGGAGGCGUACGACAUCGCGGCGAUCAAGUUCCGUGGCCUCAACGCGGUGACCAACUUCGACAUCAGCAAGUACGACGUGAAGCGCAUCUGCGCCAGCACCCACCUCAUCGGCGGCGGCGACGCGUGCAGGCGCUCCCCGACGCGGCCGCCGGACGCGGCGCCGGCGCUCGCAGGUGGCGCCGACCGCUCGUCGGACGCGCCGGGCGACCAAGCCGCGUCCGACAACUCGGACACCUCCGACGGCCACCGCGGCGCCCACCUGCUGCACGGCCUCCAGUACGGCCACCCCAUGAAACUGGAGGCCGGGGAGGGAAGCAGCUGGAUGGCGGCGGCGGCGGCAGCGCGGCCGGUGCCCGGCGUGCAUCAGCUACCGAUGUUCGCGCUGUGGAACGACUGUUGAUUGUGGCAAUGGCAACCUGGUUGGUAGAGUACGUAGUAGUUAGUGAAGAAAUGCAUGUCAUUGCACCUGCAUGCGCAUGCGCGAGCACGAGGUGUAAUAACUUUCGGCAGUAGAAGUGGCGGUGAAGAAGUGGACGACACGGCCUGGGGAAGGACAUGCAUGGCGUACUGCCUCCCUGCAAGCGAGAUGCAUGCAUGUUGCACACGCUCGCCGUUUCUUCGCAAGAUGGCGACAAUUUUGCCGCAAUAUGUAAUGUAAUGGUUCCACAUGCAUGCAUGUUAUUCUUCAAUGAAACACCCCACUAGUAGUUAUCUGAUUUUUGU